AUGAUUAGAAAUGGUAUGGGAAACGGGUCUCUUCUCUUCCAGCAAAAUGCCAAAUUAACCCAUUUUUCCAAAACGGGUCGGGUCGAAGAAGCUUGCAAACUAUUUAACCAAAUGACUAACAAGAACACUGUUACAUUCAACUCCAUGAUCUCAGCGUAUGCGAAAAACAAAAGAAUCAAUGAUGCACUAAACCUGUUUGAUAAAAUGCCUCAAAGAAAUCUAGUUUCUUGGAACACGAUGAUCGCGGGUUGUUUGCAUAAUGAAAGAGUUAACAUUGCACGUAAACUGUUUGAUGAAAUGCCUCAACGAGAUGUUUUUACAUGGACUUUGAUGAUUACUUGUUAUACACGUAAUGGGGAGGUCGAUAAAGGUAGGGACUUGUUUAAUGUAAUGCCGGAUAAGACGAAUACUGCGUGUUGGAAUGCUAUGAUUUCGGGGUAUGUGAAAUGUAAACGGGUUAAGGAAGCUAGGCGGAUGUUUGAUGACAUGUCUGUGAAAGAUUUAGUUUCUUGGAAUACAAUGCUUGGAGGGUAUACGAAAACUGGGGAGAUGAGGUUGGGUUUGAUGUUUUUUGAGGAAAUGCCGGUUAAGGAUGUGGUUUCUUGGAACUUAAUGGUGGAUGGGUUUGUUGAGGUUGGUGAUUUGGAUGAAGCUUGGCAGAUUUUUGAGAGUAUGCCGGUUAAGAAUGUGGUUUCUUGGGUGACGAUGUUAUAUGGGCUUGGUAGAAAUGGGAAGGUUGUUGAGGCCAGGAGAUUGUUUGAUCAGAUGCCGGAAAAGAAUUUGGUGGCGUGGAACGCGAUGAUUGCAGCUUAUGUCCAAAACAAUAGAAUUGAUGAAGCUUUGAAGUUGUUUAAUGUAAUGCCAGAAAGAAAUGCGGUGUCUUGGACUAGUUUGGUCAAUGGGUACGUUCGCGUUGGUAAGUUAGAUGAAGCUAGCCGAUUACUUAGUCAAAUGCCAUACAAGAACGUUGGGGCUCAAACGGCGUUGAUCUCAGGGUUUGCUCAGAAGAAAAUGUUGCCUCAGGCUCGUGAAAUUUUUAAUCGUAUAGGAAAUCGAGACGCUGUUUGUUGGAACACUAUGAUUGUAGGAUAUGCUCAGAAUGGUGUCAUGGAUGAAGCGCUUGAUCUUUUUCAAAAGAUGGUACGGAAAGAUGUGGUUUCGUGGAAUACCAUGAUUGCUGGUUAUGCUCAAGUGGGUCAAAUGGAUAAAACGCUUGAUUUCUUCAAGAAAACGGAUCAUAAGAACACUGUCACUUGGAAUUCACUAAUAUCGGGCUUUACACAUAAUGGAUUAUAUCCGGAUGCGCUCAAGUAUUUCAUUUUAAUGAUAGCAGAUGGGAAUAAACCCGAUGAAUCAACAUAUGCUUCCGUAAUAAGCUCAUGUGCAAAUCUGGCAGCUUUACAUAUGGGAACACAAGUUCAUGAGUUUGCUAUAAAGUCAGGUUACGAGCAAGACAUAUUUGUUAGUAAUUCGUUAAUCUCUAUGUAUGCCAAAUCUGGUAAGAUGUUGAGUGCCAAACGGGUCUUUUCUCAGACCCCACGGGUUGAUAUUGUCGGGUGGAAUUCUUUGAUUGAUGGAUAUGCUUCGAAUGGAAAUGGUGAAGCAGCAGUGAAGCUCUUGGAUGAUAUGGAGGUUGCAGGAGUGAUCCCAGAUGAGGUCACCUUCAUUGGGGUUCUAUCUGCUUGUAGUCACUCGGGUUUGAUCGAUCAAGGGUUCCGGCUAUUUGAAUUAAUGACUAGAAAGUACUCAAUCAAGCCUUUGACUGAACACUAUGCGUGUAUGGUUGACUUGCUUGGGAGAGCAGGGCGUCUAGAAACAGCCUUUGAAUUGGUGAAGGAGAUGCAAACUGAUGCUAAUGCCGGAAUAUGGGGUGCUUUGCUUGACGCUUGUCGUUGGCAUAAGGAUUUAAAGUUGGCUAAUUUUGCUGCUGAAAAGCUUUUGGAGAUUGAACCCGAAAAGGGUUCCAAUUAUGUGAUGUUAUCAAACAUGAACGCAGAAUUGGGGCGGUGGGAGGUGGUGGGGAGAGUGAGAGAUUCGUUAAAAGAGAGGCGUGUGGUAAAGCAAUCUGGGUGUAGUUGGAUUGAGGUUCAAAAUCGAGUUUAUGUUUUUUCAUCUGGUAAUGGGCCGCGAUUUAAAUAUAUGAACGUUAGUGGUGACUUGCGGGCACUGAUGGCUCAAACUAGCAACACAAGUGAAAACCUUAUCGAUGCCACAUGACAAUUGAUCAAUAUGUGCUAUACCCAUGUUACCCUUCCACUCUGUAAAGUCAUUGUUUUAGUGUGGCAAUCACAUUUACCCCCCACCCACCCACCCCUCCCUCAACCCCCACCACCCCGUGGUCAUGGAGAAUUGAAUGCAGUGACUGGUAGCGCAUAGAAGGCAGAUUGUGGUGCUGUAAUAAGAUUGGAAUACAAUUACUAACAACAGGAAUAGAACGAGAAGAAAUGCAAUGUAUGACAAUCAGAAUGAGGACUUGCCAGAACAAGAUACUACAUUUCUUGGGUCACCGAUAUGGGGAAGAUGAGAUUACAUGCAUUCUAUGUGGAAGCCUUUUACCAUCCUGCAUGGUUUUUCCAGAGUACCUAUUAGAAUUAGAAUCUGAUUGACACAUUCAUGUUAAUAUUUUGGUUGCAUGUCCUCUGUCUUUACAUCUAAAUAGACCAGGUGUGACUUGGUUCCUCGGCAUGGGUUAUGGAUGGUGAACGCAACUCAACCAUGUAUGAUCUCAUCUCUUAUGACUCGUAUUCACAACAGCGUUCACUAUUUUUUUUGGGUGUAUGAUCUAUGUUAGUAUAA